GCCAACAUAAGCGUGUCCUUGCUGCUAGAGGCUCAUUGCCCUUGGACAACAGAGAGCUUCUCUCUAGAUUGUUGGACAAUAUGGAGGAACUGGCAGCUGAAGGUAUAGUUACAACCCCCCCUGACAGAGUUUUCCCCGACUCUGAUCAACAUAAAGUCGUGCCCAUGUUGGAGAAUUCAGGAAUAUUCACUGGCAAUACCAACGCCAGUGACGACCAGUUGUUCAUUUGUGAGCGAAAAACAUUUUCCCGUCUGUGUACUAGUCUAUCCCAACCAUGUCCGUGCCAGUCAUACUCUCGGAAGCCCACCACUUUUCGUCAGAAGGGGCACGUCCUCCGCAUCGAGUUUCAAUGUGACAAUUGCGGCACCAAGAAUGUUGCCAAGAAGAUGACAAAACUAGCAGUUGGGACCAAGAAGACUCAAGGAAAGACCUGGUUUCCAGAGUUAUCUGACAAACGUAAAAGUACAAAAGUCCACUUGUACUACUGUAUGAAGAACUGUAAGAACUGUGCUCAGUCAGCAGAAAAGCUACGGAAAAGCAUUUUGAAUAUCAGCAAACAUUAUCAGAACAAGCACGACGACUGUGAGGAAAGCUCAUUUUGCAAGUGUCCAGGUUACAGGCCCACCAAAAUUCUACUUAAAGAUCCUGCUGCCAUCGAAGCAUAUGAGAUGACACUAAAGGAGACCCUUAUAUAUAAGAGUGCGGAGUCAUACUGUCGAUGUCGUGACACGUACUGGGUCGAGUCUUUCAAUCACCAGCUACUCACAUAGUCUCGCGAGCAGACGUGGGAGGGAGGGAACGUCUGGUAACUAUUGCAGCAAUUCCGUGGACCCCUGCCAGAAUGUUGGCAGUGCCAAUCAGAUUUGUCCACGUCAUAGUGGGCGGGUAACACCCCGUAUAUUUUCCUAUUAUAGCAUAAAAUGAACGUGAAAAGAAGGAUUAUUGACUCUAGCAAAGGCUAAUUUUAGUGUUGAACUAUACCUGGUUGCGAAGGAACUUGGUUACAAGGAGCUCAGACCAAGCAAGAGCUAGCUAGCUGCAAAUGAAAAUAUUUGUCUACAUGUGAAUUUGGUUAAUUAACAAAUAUCUUGCACGUGACUACAUUCCUCAGUGCCAUGGAAUUGCUGCAAUAGUUACCAGACGUUCCCUCUAGGACAAGUCUGCUCGCGAGACUACUACUCACAUACAUACCAAAACGUAUUCACUUUGGAUCAAGUACUUUUGCAAUGAGAAUGAACCUGGCUAUUAUGGACUGGAACGAGAAUGUAUGUAGAGAAAGUACGAGUGAACGCGUAGUUCCAGACGCGAGGAGGCCUGAUCGUAGGACUCCCAUGAAAGUGCUGGUGAAGAAGUCAUUUGAUUUUGUGGACAACAUAUGGGAGUGUUUCAUUCAGCAAAGAUCCGACGAGCUCAGUGAGAUUGAUGAGGAUGAGAUGGAUGGUGCCAUGCAACCUGAGCAACAGUCAGAGGAGCCAACAGAUUGGGAUGAUGAUGACGUAACAAACGACGGUGUUCUUUUAUUUGAUGAAGAUAUACAUGCAGACGAAGAAACAUAAAGACAAUAAAUGAAGAAGACGAUUUAUAGUCUGUGUACGGAACUCCUGGUGGGUUCGGAAACCGCCCACGCACCUCCUGGAGAAACAAAAUGAAUUGUAUUUUCAAUGUUUAUGAGAUUGACUGUCUCCACUUCUCGGCUGUCUCUGCCCUCCACCUAUGUAAAAAGAUAAGUUAAUUGAUUGAUAUAUGCCCUUUUAUAGUCAGCAUGCUCGUUUAAUAACAUUGACCUUUCUCAGACAUUACUGACCAUCUCUCUAGGGCACUACCACCCAAAAAAGAUAAGUAACAAUAACUUGGACUGCUGUUUCAAGUAAUAACAAUUAUUGUAUCUCCUUAGCAUUACCUCUCUUUGGCCUCUUCGCUGGAGGGAGAGCCUCACUGUCUGGUUCCAUGCACACAUUCGACAACCCUGAUGACUCACCUUCGUCAACUUCAUCAAAUGGUUUGGUCUCGAUGCUGUCUAUUGUGACCUCAUGGAUAGAAGCAAGCUUUCUUAACUCCUCCAAAAACUUUACUGGAGGGUUGUUACUGUAGCUGACCUGGAGCUGAACAGAUUUUACUCAUACUCUAUUGUGUAUGGCCUUAUUUAUACACUUACCUUGAGCCUUGGUUUAUUGUCAGCCAUGUUUAAAUUUUUUUUUCUCUGG